CACCGCUCCUCACCCGGUCUCCGCGGCCACGUGGGGAAACGGUGAGGUUCGCGGCUGUCACCGGCUGCGGCGCCUCUGGUCCCUUUCGGCCGCCGUACGUGCGCAGGCGCUUUGGCGCCGCCUCGCCUCGGCCUCCCUCAGCCCUGUGAACUGCUCCCGGGGUGACCAAGGGUGACCGUGAGUGCAGGUCAGAGAAACAUGGCAGCAAGGAGAAUUGCCCAGGAGACUUUUGAUGCUGUAUUGCAGGAAAAGGCUAACCGAUAUCAUAUGGACCCCAGUGGUGAGGCUGUAGGCGAAGCUCUUCAGUUUAAAGCUCAAGAUCUUCUAAGGACAGUCCCAAGAGCCAGAGCAGAUAUGUAUGAUGACAUUCAUAGCAACAGCAGAUACACUCUGGGCGGAUCUGUAGCUCAUCCUCAAGACACUGGGAGAGAAGGCCUGAGAGGUGAUAUAUUUCCAGGACCUUCCUUCAGAUCAAGCAACGCUUCUGUAAGUGACGACGGCUACUUUCGCAAAGAAUGUGGUCGGGACCUGGAAUUUUCCCACCCUGACUCCCGAGACCAGGUCUUCGGCCACCGGAAAUUGGGACAUUUCCGUUCUCAGGACUGGAAAUUUGCACUCCGUGGCUCUUGGGAACAAGACUUUGGCCAUUCAGUUUCUCAAGAAUCCUCCUGGUCACAGGAGUAUAGUUUUGGUCCUUCUGCAUUACUGGGGGACUUUGGCUCCUCCAGGCUGAUUGAGAAAGAGUGUUUGGAGAAAGAGAGUCGGGAUUACGACGUGGACCGUCCGGGAGAGGCAGACACUGUGCUCCGGGGCAGCAGCCAAGUCCAGGGCAGAGGCCGAGGUCUAAACAUCGUUGACCAGGAGGGUGCCCUCCUAGGAAAGGGGGAGACUCAAGGCCUGCUCACGCCUAAAGGAGGGGUCGGGAAACUUGUCAUGCUGAGAAACAUGAGCACAAAACAGGUGCCCACUGUAAGUUGUAUCACUCCCAAAACUCAGGGCACUGACCAAAUUCAGAAGACCACCCCAAGUCCUGAUCUGACGCUGGGGACAAACCCAGGGACGGAAGAUGUCCAAUUCCCCACUCAGAAAAUCCCUUUGGGGCUUAAUCUGAAGGAUAUUCGGCUCCCCAGAAGAAAGAUGAGCUUCGAUCUGAUAGAUAAGUCUGAUGUUUUUUCGAGGUUUGGGAUAGAAAUAAUCAAAUGGGCAGGAUUCCACACCAUAAAAGAUGAUGUUAAAUUUUCCCAGCUUUUCCAGACUCUCUUUGAACUUGAAACCGAAACCUGUGCUAAAAUGCUCGCCUCAUUCAAAUGCUCCUUAAAACCAGAGCACAGAGAUUUUUGCUUUUUUACUAUCAAAUUUUUAAAGCACUCUGCUUUGAAAACACCCAGAGUUGAUAACGAGUUUUUAAACAUGCUUUUAGACAAAGGUGCUGUGAAGACCAAAAAUUGCUUUUUUGAAAUCAUAAAGCCCUUUGAUAAAUACAUAAUGAGGCUACAAGACCGGCUGCUGAAGAGUGUCACACCCCUGCUCAUGGCCUGCAAUGCCUAUGAGCUGAGUGUCAAGAUGAAGACCCUCAGUAACCCCCUGGACUUGGCUAUUGCCCUGGAGACCACCAAUUCUCUCUGCCGGAAGUCUUUAGCUCUUUUGGGACAGACGUUCUCCUUGGCCUCUUCUUUCCGGCAAGAGAAAAUCUUAGAAGCCGUCGGCCUCCAAGAUAUAGCUCCCUCUCCUGCCGCAUUUCCAAACUUUGAGGACUCUACUCUGUUUGGGAGAGAGUACAUCGAUCACCUGAAGGCCUGGCUGGUCAGCAGUGGGUGUCCACUCCAGGUCAAGAAAGCCGAACCCGAGCCAACCCAAGAUCAGGAGAAAACGGUUCCUCCUACCAAACCUGAAAUUCAGGCUAAGGCUCUGAGUGGUCUGAGUGAUGAGGUCCCCCAGCGAGCAGACCACAAGGUGGUGGACACCAUUGACCAGCUGGUCACACGUGUUGUUGGAGGCAGCCUGUCUCCCAAAGAAAGAGCUCUUCUCAAGGAGGACCCUGCUUACUGGUUUUUAUCUGAUGACAGUAGUCUGGAGUAUAAAUAUUAUAAGCUGAAGCUGGCAGAAAUGCAGCGGAUGAGCCAGAACUUGCCAGGAGCAGAUCAGAAGCCGAUGGCGGCAGAGUGUGCAGUCCGGGCCAUGCUAUAUUCCCGGGCGGUCCGGAGCCUCAAGAAGAGGCUCCUACCAGGGCGGCGGCGUGGGAUGCUUCGAGCUCAAGGACCCCGGGGCUGUAAAGUGAGGAGAGCGACCACCGGGACCCAGACACUCCUCUCCUCAGGCACCAGGCUGAAACACCAUGGCCGGCAGGCUCCAGGCUCUUUGCAGGGAAAGCCGCCUCAACCAGAUGGCAAUGAUGCUGCCAAGGACUGCCCGCCAGACCCAGCCGGACCCUCUCCUCGGGACCCCAGCCCAGAAGCCUCAGGCCCAUCCUCCAAGCCAGCAGGAGUGGAUGUCUCCGAAGCCCCUCAGACCUCUUCUCCCUGCCUGUCUACUGAUGUUGAUACGAAGACAAUGGAGACUGCAGAGAAACUGGCCAAAUUUGUUGCUCAGGUGGGACCAGAGAUUGAACAAUUCAGCAUAGAAAACAGCAUUGACAACCCUGACCUUUGGUUUCUACAUGACCAAAACAGUUCAGCUUUCAAAUUCUAUCGAAAGAAAGUAUUUGAACUGUGCCCAUCGAUUUGCUUUACGUCAUCUCCUCUGAACCUUCCUGCCAGCAAGAGCACCGAUUCUCAGGAGAGCCCCCUGGAGCCCAUGGAGGGGGAAGGAGAGUUUGAGGAUGAGCCCUCUCAGCACAAGGCUGAGCUGGAGAGCCCAGAGGUGAUGCCUGAGGAAGACGAGGACGAGGAGGAGGAUGAGGAGGACGAGGAAGGGAGUGAGGAGGCCCCCACUCCUGGAGGGGCCUCCAGGCCGGCAGGAGGGUCGACCAAGUCUGAGGGCUCGGAGGGCAGCCCCCCAGCUGAUGGCCUCCUGAGUGGGGUGACCGAGGAUGGCCCGGCUGGUGCGCCUGCCCUGUCACAGUCCUCCUCAGGGGCCUGCUUCCCCCGGAAGAGAGUCAGCAGCAAGUCGCUGAAGGUCGGCAUGAUUCCGGCUCCCAAGAGGCUGUGUCUCAUCCAGGAGCCCAAAGUUCACGAACCAGUUCGAAUUGCCUAUGACAGGCCUCGGGGUCGUCCCGUGACCAAGAAGAAGAAACCCCAGGACUUUGAUUUCGCCCAGCAGAAACUGACCGACAAGAACCUGGGGUUCCAGAUGCUACAGAAGAUGGGCUGGAAGGAGGGUCACGGCCUGGGCUCCUGUGGGAAGGGCAUCAGGGAGCCUGUCAGUGUGGGAACUGCCUCGGAAGGGGAGGGGUUGGGUGCCGACGGGCAGGAGCACAAAGAAGACACGUUUGACGUGUUCCGUCAGAGGAUGAUGCAGAUGUACAGACACAAACGGGCCAACAAAUAGUUCCAGGGUCUCUUCCAUGAGGACGACAGGCAUCCGGAAAGUGCUAACUCACCACUUUGGGUGCUUACUGUCUCUGCCUUGUUUCCAUCACUGGAAAUCAUAUAGAGAAAUUUAGCGUUUUUGGUCCUUGGUAAAACCUAGAAGACGUUUGUGAUGUUACAAAAUGGAAGCUUUGGGUUUUGUUUCUUUUUUUUUAAUCUAAGAAGUUGUGGAUGUUGUUAAUCAUUUAGCAGUUGAAAUAAAUGUAGAGGAAACCUAA